AUGGAGCCCCGCAGGACCCCUCCAGAGUACUUCCUGGAGAUUUUUGCAGACACCACCACGGUGAGAGAUGUAUUAAAAGGCGUCCUCAACCUCAUCUUCUUCCAUCGCUAUUUCCCCUCCAUCCGGCCAACCACCUUCGACGUCCUCGAUUUUACCCUCCCCGCCAUCAACGACGCCGAGCUCGAAACUCUUAUCGAAUCCCGCAUCAGCACCCUCGUCCGCCAACACUCCUCCACCACCAGCGCCCAUGAAGCCGGCGGCGUGCGCGGCCGGCUCGCCGUCGAGUUUUACGAGAAGAAGCGAAAACGCUCCGGCGCGUGGUUCAGCGGGCUAUCUGGGAAGGGCGAGGAAGAGGUCUGCUGGGAGGUCUGGAACCUAGACGUGACCAUCGCCACGCCGCGGACGGAAUCAGAGCGCGCCAAAGUCCGCAAGGCAAUGGAGAAUAUGCUCCAGAAGGCCGCGCUGAAGAUCCUCGCCGUCGUCAACCGCGACAAAGACCACAUCCCGCCCAUCACCACCAGCGACUCCAACCCCUUCCCCUACCGGAUCGUGGUCAACCCGCGCUCUGACGGCUGGCAGAAUCGCUUCGGGCUGUACUGA